CGGAACGACAUCUUUAUCAUCCUUAACAUCUUAAUCAUUCUCAAAACCAUCGUCAUUAUCAUCAUUAUCGUCAAAAAGAUCGUCACCAACAUCGUUAUCAUCCUCAACAACGUCAUCAUCGUCAACAUCAUCAUCAUCGUCAAGAACAUCGUCAUUACCGUUCGUCGUCGUCGUCGUCGUUAACAACAUCGCCAUCAUCGCAAAAAAAUAUGUUAGAGUAAACUCACAUUCCUCUGCAGCAAAUCUGUCCUUAUUUACCUCCUCCCAAGUCCUUCUCGGUCUACUUCUAGGCUUCUGAACAUUAAAAUAUAUUCGUAUUUUUAAGUUUUCGUACACACCUAUGUGAUUGCCAUGGUUACCGAAAUUCGAAGCUCUUACUUUGUCUAAGAUGUCACCAACUUUUUACUUAAUUAAUACCUGCUGCGCUUUCAGGUUUGGUGUAUCCAAAGGACCUAGAUUGCUUAAACGACAGGAAGUUCGUAUUAAAAAUCAUUUUAUUGUUUUUUCAAUAUCUUUUUGCUCAGAAAACGCUUAGAAUAAUUACACGGGUCAUCCAUGUAAAUACAAAAACGGAAAAAUGCCCCUUUUAAUAUCAAAAGCUAUUCCUUUAGCCGCCACUAAUGUCGCUAGCAUUUAUACAUUAAAAUUCAAAGACCCUAAAUUUGGUACACUAAAAAUAUUUGCUAAUAUUUGUUGUUUCGAACAAGUUACAUCAAAUUAUUUCGGGGUAACAUCGACACGGUUUUAAGAGCAAAUUUGACUUGCCCUUACCAUUUUUGACAAAUGUAUAGAAUGUUUCUGUCGCUUAAAUGAAGGCUGUUAUAAACGAAAAAGGUCAGUUGCUUAAGCAGUAAACUUUACGAAAAUGUUAGUAGAACCUGUCAGGGGGUAAGCUCUCUAAGAUAGCAAAAAUUUGUGAAAUGAGAAGUUACGGCUAACAGAAAAAAUUUGUUUUUGUAAUACCAUGUCAUCGAGGUUGACGAUUUUUUUACGUAGAGAUUUAACUAUGAUUCAAAAAUAUGCAAUUCUGUUCAUUUUUUUGUUGUUUUUUUUUUCUAUGGGGAGCCCCCUGUAAAUAACAAAUUCGAAUGUUCGAACGUUACGGUUAAUGCGCUCAAACAAUACAGACAAUGCGAUAAAAAAAAUAAACCGAUGAGCAACUUACAUGCUUCAGUGGAGUUAAUUUCGUUCUAUACCUACUGCGAACGCAUAGCAGGGAAGGAAAGAAAUUAUUCGUGAAAAAAAGUACGUACAAUUUUUGCUGUAUAUUUUCUCUGUUGUUUUGAUUUAUUACAUUGAUUUUAUAAGAUGGUAUUUCGCUACAUUGUAAUGUGAUUUCUAACAAUAAGCGAGUUCAUAAAAAUGUAAAUUGGUGAAAAGGAUAUAUAUUUUUAGAUAAAGAUGCAUUUCACUUCUGUUCUCUCAGUGGUUCUUCUUCUUGUCAUCUUUUCGCACGCUAAGGUUAUACAAAAAGGGUCUAAGAAAAGUGAUGAUACUGGUGAUAAACCAAAAGUUGCCGCUUUAACUGAUGAUGGCAAACUUUCCGACACUACAAAGAAAAAGCUUUUAUCCGAAAUAAACAGAUUUCGUUUGAUGCACGAUGCAACACCACUUGGCAUUUGUCCUGUAUGCAGUGACGCAGCACAAAUUCAUGCUGACGAAAUUGCGAAGUCGGGUGUUGUAAAGCCUGAUCACAAAGCCAAAUAUGGUCAGAUUAUUUUUUCGACAAAAGACCAACAAGAUAUUGAGCCUGGCGCAGAUUAUUUUGGCACUUUGGUCCCUGCUCGAAUCUACAAUCAAAUUAAGAAUUACGAUUUUGUCAAAAAUGAAUUCAAAGACAAUGCUGCAGAUUUCACGCAAUUGGUUUGGGAAGGAAGUGAAGUUGUUGGCUUUGCUAGCAGUAAAUCCAGCGACAACACCGUAUAUGUUGUCAUGUACUUCAAUCCUGCUGGCAACAAUGACUCACUUAGUUAUUAUGAAAAUGUUAAUCGAGUCACCGGAGCUGGUGAUAUUGAAGCCAGUGGCAGAAUGAAAUGUUUGGAUGGUUGGGACUUGCAUGGAUCAAGCUGUUUCAAGUAUUUUGAAGACGAGAUGUCAUGGCCUGACGCGGUUGAUCAUUGUAAUGUUCUUAAAUCCUCGCUUACUUCUGCUGAGUGCAUGGAUGAAGGGACUUACAUCAGAACUAUGAUGAUGGAGAAAGAAAAACCUGCUUGGAUAGGAAUGUCCGAUACGGCGACGAAAGGUGGUUUCCAGUUUGUUGAUGGAGCACCUUAUGUUUACUCUGAUUGGAGUUACGAUUCAUACACGUGGUUAUAUGCCCACCCAGGAGAAGCACGUGGUAAAUGCAUCACUGCUGGAAAGGAUGGCUGGAAUUACAAGGAUUGCAAUGAGAAACUUGGAUUUAUUUGCAAAAUGCGUCCAAAUGGUAUGACGAGUUAUUCUCUUGAUUUAUACUUCCCUGGAAGUUCAUUUACCAACGAUCUUAGUAUGCCUGGUUCCAAGAGAUACGAUAUCAUGAAAGCAACUAUUGACAAAGCUUUCAACACAUCAUAUGGAUCAGAUAUAUGGUUUGUGGGAGAUACGUUUUACCAAUUUAUGCCACGUGACAACGGUGAGGUAGCUGCUUCAACUUUAGUCAAAUUUGCUCCUGAUAUUCGUGCUCCAGUUGAUCCCAUCACAAAAUUGAGAAAUUACUUAAGAGAACAAAGUGAUUUAAAAAUUUUGGCUGUCAGACUCAUUCCAGGUAUUGGUAGAGUAACUAGCACAUCUGUUAGUGGAGGUACUUGUCCAUCAGGCUGUUCUGGAGAUUGUUACCCUGAAUGCAAUCCUGUGUGUUGUGGUGCUGCUGUGUCACUUAGUGCUCCGGCUGUACCUUCUGGUUAUACUGCUUGUGCUCAAUACCCAGGAUGUGGAAGCACUUGUCAACCAAGUUGUUCUCAGCAAUGCUGCCAGCAAAAUCCGUACCAGACCCAACAACAGGCCCCCCAGCAACAACAAUGCCCGCAAUACCCAGGGUGCAGUGCAAGUUGUGCACCUUCUUGUACCCAAUCAUGCUGCCAACAGCAACAGCAACAACCAACUCAAGCUGUGGCUCAACAACAAGCUUGCCCACAAUAUCCAAGAUGCAGCCCAUCUUGUGCUCCAUCAUGCUCCCAAUCUUGUUGCCAACAGCAACAACAACAACCUCAACCGAUGAUGCCAGUGCAGCAGCCAAUGCAACAAGCGUGUCCACAAAAUCCAGGGUGUAGCCCAACUUGCGCUCCUAGGUGCAGCCCUUCCUGUUGUCAGCGCCAACAACAAUUUGCUCAGACACAGGCUAUUAGUGGCUCCAUGGUUAUUCCUCAAAUGAUGAUGGCUCCACCACCACCACCACCACCUCCACCAAUGAACGCCUGUUCUGGAAUGUACCCAGGUUGUUCAAGUGCAUGUGCACCCGCUUGCCGCCCAACCUGUUGUGGUAUGCGAACAUUUGGAGGUAAAAAACGAAGUAAAGUGGAUAAAGUUAAAUUAAAUAAGAAAAAUAAGAUUCACCGAAAGAAAUCAAAGGAAGAGUAAUCCAAACACACCUUAACACAUUUUAACAGAUUCAUUUUCGAAUUUUACAAAUGCUUUGUUUCACAGAGCAGUUGCCAUAUUUUUAUUCUUACACAUUUUACAUGCGUCGGUAUUUAUUUUUGUACACGUAAGUACCAUGUUGUAUAUAAGUAGUAGAUAAUCCCAUAUACAUCGUCUAUACACAACCGUCAAUAUUGAUACAAAACAACACAAAGUGAAGACGCGUGAAAUGCAUUUACACCACACUACACCACACCACAGUUCAUUGUUGGGAUUUGCACCAAGCGCAUUGACAAAGUGAUGACAACGAGAACGAAAGAAGACAAAAAGUAGUUAAAG